CGCGAGCGUUGCCUAGGGAGUUCCCAUAGAGGCUGCCGAGCGCGGGUCUGCGGCGGGAGCGGAGUGGCGGUUUCCGUCGUCAGCUUCUCCCAGCAGGUUUUUCAGCCUCGACGGCUGUUUUCUGCUCCUGAACAAAUCCUCCCCAGUUGAGCGGCUUCGCCAACGUGAAUUUAUUCUUCCAGUUCCGUAGCAGCCUAGAAACCCAGCACGGGCCUCCCCGGGCUGGAAUCCAGGAGCUAUAUUGAAGACAAUGUCUGGAAGCUUCUACUUUGUAAUUGUUGGCCACCAUGAUAAUCCAGUUUUUGAAAUGGAGUUUUUGCCAGCUGGAAAAGCAGAAUCCAAAGAUGAUCAUCGUCACCUGAACCAGUUCAUAGCUCAUGCUGCUCUCGACCUCGUGGACGAGAACAUGUGGCUGUCGAACAACAUGUACUUGAAAACCGUGGACAAGUUCAACGAGUGGUUUGUUUCAGCGUUUGUCACUGCAGGUCAUAUGAGAUUCAUUAUGCUUCAUGACAUAAGGCAAGAAGAUGGAAUAAAGAACUUCUUUACCGAUGUCUACGAUUUAUACAUAAAGUUCGCGAUGAAUCCGUUUUAUGAACCCAAUUCUCCUAUUCGAUCAAGCGCCUUUGACAGAAAAGUUCAGUUUCUUGGGAAGAAACACCUUUUAAGUUGAAUGCAGAACAAUUUGGAAAUAAACAACGUCACUACAAUGGGGUAUUCUCAGGAAUGUGUACAUUAUGGCGAGCACUGGCAGAAUUGUGUUCCAUCCCGAGUAACUUGGGCGAGUACUUCUGUUUGGUCUCAUACCCUUGUGUGAAGCUGGUGCCGUAAUUGCUUGCCCCAUCUGUCUCUUUGGUUUCUUCAAUAAAGGUGUUUGUCCGAGAGCGUGGAGUCUCGUAAGCGCCGCUCACCCGCCACCGCUGCUGUUGUGGUCCUCUUUCCCCCAGUGAAGGUCUGCAAACC